CGGGUAGGCGUCCGGUUACCGGACGGCAAGACACUUUCCUUCCAAACUGUUUCCGGUGUAAACAAAGCUGUGGAGAGCGUGAAAGACAGUUCAUGGUUAUUUAUGUUAUAUGAUACACUGAGCUUGUCUGACUGAAAAUUGCUCAUGAUGCCAGGAUCAGCCCGAGGUGAGCGACAUGGUUGGCCAGAGAAUGUGGGAAUUAUUGCCAUGGAAAUUUAUUUCCCAUCACAGUAUGUGGAUCAGGCAGAACUUGAAAUAUUUGAUGGUGUUUCCACUGGAAAAUAUACCAUAGGACUUGGACAGGAUAAAAUGGGUUUCUGUUCAGAUAAUGAGGAUGUGAAUUCACUGUGUUUGACAGUUGUUCAAAGGUUGAUGGAGAGAAAUGAAAUAUCUUACACUGAUAUAGGUAGACUGGAAGUGGGCACUGAGACAAUAUUAGAUAAAUCAAAGAGCGUUAAGACAGUACUGAUGCAGUUGUUUGAAGGAUGUGGUAAUACUAGUGUAGAAGGAAUAGAUACAACAAAUGCUUGCUAUGGUGGCACUGCAGCUCUCUUUAAUGCUGUCAACUGGGUAGAGUCUAGCUGCUGGGAUGGUCGCUAUGCCCUGGUUGUAGCUGGUGAUAUAGCAGUGUAUGCUACAGGCAAUGCCAGAUGUACUGGUGGGGCAGGGGCCAUAGCUAUGCUUGUAGGACCUCAUGCACCAUUAAUCUUAGAAAGGGGUUGUCGUGCAACACAUAUGCAACAUGUCUAUGACUUCUACAAACCAAACAUGGACUCUGAAUAUCCAGUUGUAGAUGGGAAAUUAUCAAUACAAUGCUAUCUGCAUGCUCUGGAUAAAUGCUAUGAAAUUAUCUCAAGGAAACUACAGUCAGGAGGACACAAAUCUGACUCUAGUUUAUUAGACAGUGCUGAUGCAUUUGUGUUUCAUUCUCCAUUCUGCAAGCUGGUACAGAAGUCUGUAGCUAGAAUUAUGUUAAAUGACUUUCUUCGAGAACCAGACCCAGGAAAGAAACAGGUUUAUUCUGGUUUAGAAGCAUUUAGGGACAUUAGGUUGGAAGACACAUAUUUCAACAAAGAGAUUGAAACUGCCUUUAUAACAGCAAGUAAACCAGCAUUUAUUAAGAAGACUAAACCUUCACUGUUACUUGCCAACCAAGUAGGGAACAUGUAUACUCCAUCAGUAUAUGGGGGACUUGUCUCUUUUUUAAUUAGUCGACCAGUUGAAGAUCUGUCUGGUUGUAGAAUUAUACUGUUUUCGUAUGGGUCUGGUCUGGCUUCUUCCAUGUAUUCAGUGCGGGUCACUGAUGACCUUUCACCCCUUUCACCUCUUCAUCGAUUGGUUAAUAAUCUCAGCGAUGUAGAAUUGAGGCUCGUCAGAAGAAAGAAAGUUACUGCAAAAGAAUUUGAUCAGUUGAUGAAGCUAAGGGAGACUACACAUCAUAAAGCCCCCUAUAAGCCAGUGGGAAAUACAGAACAUAUCUUCCCUGGUACAUGGUAUCUAACAGAUAUAGAUGACAAACAUCGCAGAAAGUAUGAAAGAAAACCAUUACAGUCACCAGUAGACUUAAAUGACCAAUCAACAGAAAAGCUGAUCCCACUGUGCUCCUUGGAUAGAGUUCUACCAAGGAUGGCUGAAACAUACUUGAAAUGUGAAACUCAGAAUGAGCCUUCAGAAAAAUACUGAUCCAGGGAAAGCUUUCGAGACAAUUAUAUGGUAUAUAUGCAAGUAGAAAUAAAUCCUGAAUGAAAAAUGUGAAAUGGAGAUUGAGAAAUAAAGUUGUCUGUCAUGUUGAUAGCUUUUAUCCCUAUGUAAGCAGAUAAUUGUUUUUUUUAGCUCACCUGUCACAUAGUGACAAGGUUAGCUUUUGUGAUCACCCUUCGUCCGUCUUCAGUCCGUUCGUGCGUCAACAAUUUCUUGUCUGCACGAUAGUGCUUUCAUUUAUGAUCUGAUUUUAACCAAACUUGCAUACAACUUGUAUCACCAUAAGAUCUCGGUUCCUUUCUUGAACUGGCCAGAUCCCAUAAUGGGUUCCAGAGUUAUGGCCCCUGAAAGGGCCAAAAUGAUCUAUUUUGACCUUGUCUGCACAAUAGCAGCUUUAUUUAUGAUCUGAUUUUUACCAAACUUGCACAAAACUUGUAUCACCAUAAGAUCUUGGUUCCUUUCUUGAACUGGCCAGAUUCCUUCAUGGGUUCCAGAGUUAUGGCCUCUGAAAGGGCCAGAAUUAGCUAUUUUGACCUUGUCUGCAUAAUAGCAGCUUCAUUUACGAUUUGAAUUUAAUCAAACUUGCACAAAACUUGUGUCACCAUAAGGUCUCGGUUCCUUUCUUGAACUGGCCAGAUCCCAUAAUGGGUCCCAGAGUUAUGGCCCCUGAAUGGGCCAAAAUUAGCUAUUUUGACCUUGUCUGCACAAUCGCAGCUUCAUUUAUGAUUUGAUUCUAACCAAAUUUGCACACAACUUGUAUCACCAAAAGAUCUUGGUUGCUUUCUUGAACUGGCCAGAUUCCAUUAUGGGUUCCAGAGUUAUGGCCCCUGAUAGGGCCAGAAUUAGCUAUUUUGACAUUGUCUGCACAAUAGCAGCUUCAUUUAUGAUUUGAUUCUAACCAAAUUUGCACACAACUUGUAUCACCAAAAGAUCUUGGUUGCUUUCUUGAACUGGCCAGAUUCCAUUAAAGGGUUCCAGAGUUAUGGCCCCUGAUAGGGCCAGAAUUAGCUAUUUUGACCUUGUCUGCACAAUAGCAGCUUUAUUUAUGAUUUGAAUUUAACCAAACUUGCACAAAACUUGUGUCACCAUAAGAUCUUGGUUCCUUUCUCGAACCGGCCAAAUCCAAUAAUGGGUUCAAGAGUUAUGGCCCCUGAAAGGGCCAAAAUUAGCUAUUUUGACCUUUUCUGCACAAUAGCAGCUUCAUGUAUGAUUUGAUUUUUACCGAACUUGCACACAACUUGUAUCACCAUAAGAUCUCGAUUCCUUUUUAUACGCCCGAAGGAACGUAUUAUGUUAACCUCUUGGUGUCCGUCUGUCUGUCUGUUGGUUAGCAAUUUCCCUUCCGCUCUGUAACUCUUGAACCCCUUGAAGGAUUUCAAAAAAACCUGACACAAAUGUUCACUUCAUCGAAAUGAUGUGAAGAGCUCAUGUUUUGGAUGGCUCACUUCAAGGUCAAGGUCACACUUAGGGGUCAAAGGUCAUAUGACUUUGUUGUGUGUAUAUUGCUCUGCAUUUGCAUUGCAUUGCAGUGCUCUAGUUUUUAUUUGGCAGUUCCUUCUUCUGUUCACUUACAAUAAAAUUUUUUUAAUUACUUCCCUUUUAUGUUACUAUAAAUAGCUUAUUUAGUAACUUUUUUAUUAUUGGCUGUAGGGAAAAACAGAGACCACGUUUCUGUGGUACAACAUGACUGGUACCUCCAAUUUUUAGGUGUAUUUUGACAUAUCUGUACCUUGUAAGAAUUCUUUUUUCUUUUUGGUUAAAUUUCUUCCCUUUGUUGUUGAUGUUGAUUAUGAUUUUUUGACCUUCUUGUCCUUAAGUGCAAUGACAACAGGUGAGCGAUAUAGGGCCAUUAUGCCCUCUUGUUGUGAUACUUAUUCUGGUGUAAAAUUGUUUCCAUAAUCAUACAUUGUAAUCAUGGUAAUUUCUUUGGUAAUUUCUUUAGUAAAAAUAAUAAAGACAUUCAAAAGAGAUAAAACCUUUUUGAAAUAUAUCUUGAAUAAAACUGCAUCUUUAAACAAAUAUAUACAUGUGGUUUAAGAGACAUGCCUAGUGAAUUCAAAGUGUUUAAACAGAUCUACAAAUAAUCUUAAUAUCAUUUCAGUUUGUAUUUUUAGCUCACCUGAGCACAAAGUGCUCAUGGUGAGGUAUUGUGAUCACGCUGUGUCCAUCGUCCGUGCAUGCGUCCGUGCGUCAAGUCGUCCGUCGUCAACAAUUAUGUUUAAAGGACAUCUCCUCCAAAACCAGUGAAUGGAUUUUGAUGAAACUUGGUCAUUAUGUUCCUUGGGUGGUCCUCUACCAAAGUUGUUCAAACAGUUCCACUUGGUUGCACAUUGGGGCUGCCAGAGCUAAAAAUAGAAAAAACUUCAAACAACAUCUCCUAAACCGAUAGUCAGAUUUUGAAAUAAUUUCACAUAAAUGGUCCAUAUGUCACCCUCUACUAAGAUUGUUCAAAUUAUUCCGAUUCGUCAAAAAACAUGGCCGCUAGAGGGCGUGGUCACUUUUCCCUGUAUGUAUAUAGUGGAAACUUAAAAAAUCUUCUUGUAUGAAACUGCUUGCCCAGUUUUAGAUUAAUUUUACACAAAUGGUCCUUGUAUGACCCUCUACCAAGAUUGUUCAAAUUAUUUUGAUUUGUCAAAAAACAUGGCCGCCAGAGGGCCUGGUCACUUUUCCCUAUAUAUAUAUAGUGGAAAUUUUAAAAAUCUUCUUGUUUGAAACGGCAAGCCCGAUUUUAAAAUAAUUUUACACAAAUGGUUCUUGUGUGACCCUCUACCAAGAUUGUUUCUGAUUCGUCAAAAAACAUGGCUGCCAGGGGGCGUGGUCACUUUUCUUCUCUGAAUCAGUAAUAGCUAGGGCCUUGAUAUUUGGCAUUUAAUAUCAGGUUUGUAAUGUCUACCAUAAUUGUUCAAAUUAUUGCCCUAUGUUCAAAAGUGUGUGUGACAUGUAUAUGAUAUAGGCUUACAUAGAAGAAACCUAACUCUGUACUUAUACUUGUGAACACACUUGAAGCCUUGUACACAGGUGAGCGCUUUAGGGUCAGUGACCCUCUUGUAUAAGAAAGCUGUUCAAUGCAUUACUGAAAAUUGUUACUGUAUAACAUUUUAACAUAAUAUUGUACAAGUGUUUAUAUACUGCAUAGAAAUUAAUAAAUCUUUCAUUUACAA